GUGUACCGCUUUAAAAUAAAGACACGAAUGAAACUUACACUUGACAAACAAACAAAAUAUAACCUAAACAUGGUAUGCUAUCCCAGGUCCUUACACUAGGCUAGGACUGGGUCAAAGAAAGGCUGUGGUCUAAACAGGGCAAAGGCAAAAACUAAUCAUUUUGGAAUAAUAGACAAAUAUUAACAGGAAACUAAUUUGAGGACUAUUUUGAUAGCUGUUGUCUUAGAGCUAGCUAGGUAUUGAUGGAGACUGACCAUUUAGAUGGCUAGCACGAAGCUGCUGAUGGAAACAAAGGACAACUCUCAGUAGGAACAACACUGUAGUCUUUCUUAAACAAUGUAAACUGUGAGCACCACUAGCAAAAAACGGGCCAAGUCAAAACUGAUGAAUGAAAUAAUAAAAUAAAAAAAACUAACCUGUCCAGUAUAGCAACAUUUUCAACAUUUUGAAGGCGUAAGCAGUACAGCUUUCACUGUGCUUUCAGUAGUGUUUGAUUCUCUUCUGAUAAGGUAGGAAUCUGAAUUUGGUGUACUAUCUAAUCUAGAUGAACUAACUGUAGCCAAUUGUAUUUAUUCUCUUAGGUGAAUUGUGGGGAGGUCUUAACUAUAUACAGAAGGUUAUCCUUAAGGUAGAGAAGGUUAGAGAUGUAGAAAGUGAAUUAACAAUGCUCUGCCACCUGCCACAUUCAUCCUUGGUACUUAUAACAUGGCAGGAAGGUGUUAUUUAAGUUAAUAUCAAAUCCAAUAGUGAGGGGAGAUUUCAGUUUAUAUUACAGUAUAUGUUUACGUUUAGCAGUACAUUUAGUAGGUCAGUGUUUUUACAAAAGAAAUCUUUAGAAACAACCAGAUCCACAGGUAUUCGAGGUUCUUAAUAGAUUGAUACCUAUAAAUUUAUAUACAUUCAGUGCUAGGUACAGGUUUGGCAAGGACUAUGGAAAAGGAAAUGCAAACUGUGGGAAUGCGACCUGUUGACUCUCUGCAGUGGUGUGCAAUAUUGGUUGCUGAUGGCUUUCACAAUGAGAAGAUCCUGGCUGUUUCUGCUAUCUGGAGUUUGGACCUGUGUUUUUAUUCUCAUGGUCGCUCGGAUCAUCCAAGAAAAGACAGUGAUAAGUGACAGUGACAAGUAUAGAUCGCUGAUGUUCGGAAAUGAUGAAUCUCCAGAGGAUAAGUGUGACUGCAAUAAAAUUUUACAGGAUGAUCAUAAUGAGCUCGAAUGCGCUAAGAUUCUGACCUUGCAAAAGAGCUUUAAGAACAUAACACAGAUCACAGAUGAACAAUAUAUCAAGCAGACAGAGGACUGUGAAACGUUCCUGAAGACUCCUAAAUACCUACCGUUCCCAUUGAGUGAGGAGGAAGAGGCGUUCCCAUUGGCAUAUUCCAUUGUUGUUCACCACAAGGUGCAGAAUUUUGAGAGGCUACUCAGGUCCAUAUACAGCCCUCAGAAUUUCUACUGCAUCCAUGUGGACAAAAAAGCCCCUCACUCUACAAGGAAGGCUAUCAGCGGCAUUGUCUCUUGCUUCGAUAAUGUUUUCUUAGUCAGCCAGCCUGUAGUGGUGGUCUACGCCAGCUGGAGUCGCGUCCAGGCUGAUAUCAAUUGUAUGAAGGAUCUUUACCAGGUCAACAGCCAUUGGAAGUACUUCAUCAACCUGUGUGGUCAGGAUUUCCCAAUCAAAACCAACUUGGAGAUGGUGCAUAUGCUUAAAAAGCUUGGUGGUGCUAACAGCCUGGAGACUGCGACAACACCCUAUUAUUUGGCAUCCAGAUGGAGCCAAAGCCACCAAGUACAAAAUGGCACAAUAAUGAGAACCAACAAAGAAAAAAGUCCACCACCCUUUGGUCUUAAGGUUUUCUCAGGUAUUGCAUACAUCGUGGUGAGUCGUGAAUUUGUGCGCUAUGUGCUUGAAGACCCCAAAGCACAGGUGGUGAUGUCAUGGGUAAACGAUACCUACAGCCCUGAUGAAUUUCUUUGGGCUACAUUGCAACGUAUGCCUGGUGUCCCAGGGUUCAUUCGUGCACACUCUAAAUUUGACAUCACAGACAUUUAUAGCAUCUCCCGGGUAAUCAAAUGGGCAGGGCAUGAGGGGGGAAUUGAUGCAUUGUAUCCACCCUGUCAGGGUAUUCACAUUCGGGGAGUUUGUGUAUAUGGAGUUGGGGACCUGAAGUGGAUGUUACAACAGCACCAUUUAUUUGCUAAUAAGUUUGACACAGAUUUUGACCCAAUUGCCAUUCGAUGCUUAGAGAAGUACCUCAGACACAAAGCACUAAAUCAAUCCGUUUAUUUCCGUCACGUUCCAAAACCAUUGGGGAUAAUAUGGAGUGAUUUGUUCAGAUGAAAACGCUCCACUUUUUGGGUUGAGUUCUCCCAUACCGUGUCUUUAUGGACGUCUUUUUAAUACGUCAUGCUGGACCAGGUUUGGACUCUUUGGGUUCCAGUGUGUAAAACAGGGAAUAAAAUUGUAUUCCUUUGAAUACCAAAUGGCUGAUUUUGACAUUGUGCCUGUACUUUCUUUAGCUUUCUUUUCUUCAUAGUACUGUUUUCCCUUUUUUUGG